AUGGAAGACAAAUCUAAUUCGUUCUCCAGCAACAAGGAGGAGAAGGCGGAUGGGAAUAAUGUUUUUCAGAGGCAAGACUCGAUACAGAAAAAUAACACGGGGAGCCAGAAUAUGAAGGACCAUGGCAACUCAGUGGGCUUCAAGGGGGAGCGGGAAGAGGCCAUGGUCGGUUUUGACGAUAUAGAGGGGGCGUCCAGGCAAUAUGGUUUUAUGCAGAGGCAAUUUGGGGCCAUGAUGCAGCCCGGAGUCAAUAAGUUCUCCUUGCGUAUGUUCGGCAGUCAGAAAGCCGUGGAGAAAGAGCAAGAGAGGGUUCAAACGGCCGGAUACUGGAUCAUUCAUCCAUAUAGCGAUUUUAGGUUCUACUGGGACUUGAUAAUGCUCAUCAUGAUGAUGGGGAAUCUAAUCAUCAUUCCUGUGGGAAUAACCUUCUUCUCAGAGCAGACUACCACCACCUGGCUGGUCUUCAAUGUGGCCUCGGACACCAUCUUCCUGGUGGACCUGGUCAUGAACUUCAGGACGGGGAUCGUCAACGAGGAGAGCUCCGAGAUCAUCCUCGACCCCAAGGUCAUCAAGAUGAACUACCUGAAGAGCUGGUUCGUUGUGGACUUCCUCUCCUCCAUUCCAGUGGAUUAUAUCUUUUUAAUAGUGGAGAAAGGCUUUGACUCAGAGGUAUAUAAAACAGCCCGUGCCCUGCGAAUCGUCCGCUUCACCAAGAUCCUCAGUCUACUGCGUCUGCUAAGACUGUCCCGGCUCAUCAGAUACAUACAUCAGUGGGAGGAGAUUUUCCAUAUGACCUAUGACCUGGCUAGUGCAGUGGUAAGAAUAUUUAAUUUGAUAGGGAUGAUGCUGCUUCUGUGUCACUGGGAUGGCUGUCUCCAGUACCUGGUGCCUCUCCUCCAGGACUUCCCCCCUGACUGUUGGGUGUCCCUAAACGGUAUGGUUAAUGUUUCCUGGGGUAAGCAGUACUCUUAUGCCCUCUUCAAAGCCAUGAGCCACAUGCUGUGCAUCGGGUAUGGCGCCCGGGCACCCGUCAGCAUGUCUGACCUGUGGAUCACCAUGCUGAGUAUGAUUGUAGGCGCCACGUGCUACGCCAUGUUUGUGGGCCACGCUACAGCUCUAAUCCAAUCACUGGACUCCUCACGCAGGCAAUACCAAGAGAAGUACAAGCAAGUGGAGCAAUACAUGUCCUUCCACAAGCUUCCAGCAGACAUGCGACAGAAAAUUCACGACUACUACGAACAUCGCUACCAAGGCAAGAUCUUUGAUGAGGACAACAUCCUGAGUGAACUCAACGACCCGCUCAAAGAGGAAAUUGUCAACUUCAAUUGCCGUAAGCUUGUGGCCACCAUGCCUCUGUUCGCCAACGCAGACCCCAACUUUGUGACAGGGAUGCUGAGCAAGUUGAAGUUUGAGGUCUUUCAACCCAAUGACUACAUCAUCCGAGAAGGCACAGUCGGGAAAAAGAUGUAUUUCAUUCAACAUGGUGUCGCGAGUGUCAUCACCAAGUUCAAUAAGGAGAUGAAGCUGACUGAUGGAUCCUAUUUUGGAGAGAUCUGUCUGCUCACCAAGGGCAGACGAACAGCGAGUGUGCGUGCAGACACCUACUGUCGACUCUUCUCUCUCUCUGUUGACCAUUUCAAUGAGGUGCUAGAAGAGUACCCCAUGAUGCGACGUGCUUUUGAAACUGUUGCCAUUGACCGAUUGGACCGCAUAGGGAAGAAGAACUCCUUGCUGCUGCAGAAGUUCCAGAAGGAUCUGAACGCCGGCGUUUUCAACACACAGGAGAACGAGAUAUUGAAGCAGAUUAUCCGCCAGGACAGGGAGAUGGUGAUGAUGGUGGACCGCAAACAGUCAGUCACCGGGAUGAACUCAACACCAAUGUCCGGAAACUCCAUCAUUAACUCACCAGCCCAAGCACCCUUUUCCACUGCCUUCGGCACCAGUCAGCUCCAACAGUCCUCUGUACCCCUGACCUACAGUGCUUCAGCUAUUGCCAAUGCCUCUGCCGCCCGCAUGCUGCCAGCCGCUGCCGCAGCAGCUGCUGCAGCACAGGGGAUGUACCCUGCUCCCAGUGUUUCCCAUGGCAACCUGAAUUCUUCCUCAACCAACCCACAGACCCCACUCCAGCAGCAGGGAGCAAUCAUGUCGCCCUGCUCCUUCACGGCUGCCAUGUGUAGUCCGCCCGUGCAGACCCCUCUGGCUAGUCGGAGCUUCCAGUACGGCUCGCCCACAGCCUCCCAGCUGUCACUUAUCCAGCAGCCCAUUGCCCAACCAUCUCUAUCCACACAGCAACAGCUUGCUCAGCAGCCUGCUGCGUCAACUGCAGCUGCAACCUCUGCAACACAGCAGCAGCAGCAGCAGCAACCGUCACCUCAGCAGCAGCAGGUCCCUUCACCUCAGCGGGGAGACAUCCACAAGAGCACACAGGCUCUUCAGUCAGGCAGCUUGAGUCGAGAUGUCCGACACCUAUCGGCCUCCCAACCAUCACUGCCACACGACACAUCUCUGGGGCCCAGAGCACACCCAGCCUCAGGAGACUCUCUGGCCUCCAUCGUGCCACCAACGGCAGCAGCGAUCCAGGGAAUGAGUCUGCAGAGUGGCAUCCGCACCACAGUGCCCCAGCGGGUCAAUUUAUUCCGGCAGAUGUCGUCAGGAGCUUUGCCCCCGGUUCGCUCAGCCACAGCAGCCGCGGCAGCGGCGGCAGUGGCAGCAGCAUCCUCAUCCUCAUCCUCUACCCAGCACAGGGAAUCCCCUGGAUCUAGGAGAGAUUCUGUCCUGAGCAGUACAGAGACUGAGCAAGACAAAAUGCGUUUUGCAUCAAAUUUAUGA